GGAAAAGCGGCCGGGAGGGGGUGCGCGCCAUGUGAGUCUGCGAAGCAAAAGGCAGGUGGCAAACCGAGCAGGAUGGAGAGGGACCGAGCCCGGAGUCGCAACAGCCGCCGCUUCUGUUUGCAGCCCGGCGGUGGUUUGCCUGCAAAGCGGAGCGCCCUGGAAAGCCGCAACUCUUCCAAACUUGGGCGCUAGAGAGGGGAAGGUGCAACGACGCCCCUGCCGAGGAGGCCUGCCUGGCACGCUCCAGGUGGCCCUUCUGUCCCGGAUGGGCUGAAGAAGCUGCCGGGGCGCGUCUCUCCCGGACUGGGUCUCCCGCCUGCGCCCAGGGCGCAUCCCGGACCGGGGAAGCCAACUCCGAGCUUCCCGCCUCGCCGCUUUCGCCCUCGGCAGGCCAUGCCGGGCUGACCGCCUCCAUGCCGUGAGCGCGCCUCCCCUCACCCACCGCUUGCCAGCCAUGGCCGGGGACCGCGCGAGGCUCUCUCCGACGACGGUGCCCGGCGGCGGGGAGCCCCAGGAGGGGAUGGAGUUUGUCGCGCUCACCGCCGUGCAGACCGAGAAGAGCGAGGCUCCCGCAGCCGGGGGCAGUCCCAGGCGCCUGGGGCUGCUGGGGACCCCCUUGCCCAUGCCCCCCGGGGGGUCCGGGGCCCGAUCGGCUUCGCACAAGCGAUACCGGCGCCUCCAGAACUGCCUCUACAACGUGCUGGAGAGACCCCGCGGCUGGGCGUUCAUCUAUCACGCCUUCAUAUUUCUGCUGGUCUUCAGUUGUCUGGUCCUGUCUGUGUUUUCAACCAUCCCAGAACAUCAAAAAUUCGCCAACCAAUGUCUCUUCAUUCUGGAAUUUGUCAUGAUUGUGGUUUUUGGGAUGGAAUACAUCAUCCGGGUCUGGUCGGCGGGUUGCUGCUGCCGUUACCGGGGAUGGCAGGGACGCUUUCGAUUUGCCAGGAAACCCUUCUGUGUCAUAGAUUUCAUCGUCUGCAUCGCCUCUCUGGCUGUCAUUGCUGCCGGCACCCAGGGGAACAUCUUUGCUACUUCGGCCUUGCGCAGCAUGCGCUUCCUGCAGAUCUUGCGCAUGGUCCGCAUGGACCGCCGUGGUGGCACAUGGAAGCUUCUGGGCUCGGUGGUCUAUGCACACAGCAAGGAACUGAUCACGGCCUGGUACAUCGGUUUCCUGGUCCUGAUCUUUGCUUCUUUUCUUGUCUACCUGGCGGAGAAAGAUGCUAACCUGGAAUUUGCAACUUAUGCAGACUCUCUGUGGUGGGGUACGAUCACGCUCACAACUAUUGGCUAUGGAGACAAGACACCCCAUACGUGGCUGGGCCGGGUGCUGGCAGCUUGCUUUGCGCUGCUGGGCAUCUCUUUCUUUGCGCUGCCUGCCGGAAUUCUGGGCUCAGGGUUUGCUCUUAAAGUCCAAGAGCAACAUCGGCAGAAGCAUUUUGAGAAGAGACGAACUCCAGCAGCCAAUCUGAUCCAGGCUGCGUGGCGCCUCUACUCGACGGACGUCAGCCGGGCCUACUUGACAGCCACCUGGUGCUAUUAUGACAGCAUCCUCCCAUCGUUCAGAGAACUGGUUCUUAUGUUUGAGAACAUGCACCGAGCUCGCAACGGAGGGCUCAGGAAUUCAGAGGUGAGGAAAUUCCCCAAUGGAGCUCCACCGCCGUAUCACUCCUUCACCUCUGGCAUGAAAACCGCCAAUCCUCAUUUUUGCCCAGGGGAAAGCUGGAAAGAAGAAGAAACUCAACCCCACAAGUGUUUACGCCUAAGCCAGCUCUUUAGUAGUAAGCGGAAUUUCUUUCGGAUUCACACCGGCUGGAAACAGAGCAAUAAAAUGGGCAUCAAGGACCGCAUCCGCUUGAACAACUCCCAAAGGCAAGGCAGCCGAGGGAAGCAUCAGCACCUGGCCCCACCUCUUCAUCGCUCUCCCAGCACCGAGAACGUCCACGAGGCCGUUAGCCCUACCAAGGUGCAGAAGAGCUGGAGCUUCAAUGACAGGACAAGGUUCCGGGCCUCAUUGAGGCUGAAACCCCGCACCACAGUGGAGGUUGAUGGCCCCACAGAGGAUAGCAAUGAGGAGAAGGGCUAUCAGUGCGACUUGACUUUUGAGGACAUCAUGCCUGCCGUGAAGACCCUGAUCAGGGCUGUCAGGAUUCUCAAGUUCUUGGUGGCCAAAAGGAAGUUCAAGGAGACGCUGCGGCCGUACGACGUCAAGGAUGUCAUCGAGCAGUAUUCAGCCGGCCACUUGGACAUGCUCGGUAGGAUCAAGAGUCUCCAGACACGCGUGGAUCAGAUUGUGGGGCGGGGCGCCAUUGCAGUUGAAAAGAAGACACGUGAGAAAGGGGAGAAGGCAUCAAUGGAGGUCGAACUGGUGGACGAACUCAGUAUGAUGGGCCGGGUUGUCAAAGUGGAGAAGCAGGUACAGUCUAUUGAGCAUAAACUGGAUUUACUACUGGGUGUUUACUCACAGUGCUUGCGGAAGGGCUCCAUGAACUCCUUCAGCUUGGCUUCCAUGACAAUCCCUGCCGGUGAACCUGACAUCACAUCUGACUACCACAGCCCUGCGGACCACGAGGACAUCUCUGUUUCCGCUCAGACCCUGAACAUCUCCCGGUCGGCUAGUGCCAACAUGGACUAAGGCACAGCACCCAGUCCAGGCUUUUAGUAAUCAAACACCCACCAAAGUGGGGAGGGUAAGACAGAGAGGAGAUAACCUGUCUGCUUCCCAGACAGUAAGGAAGGGAGGCAGACUUCUGACGACCCCUCAUAACAGGUGAUGUCUUCUGGCAUGCCCAGUCCUCCUCCAGACUUGAAUGGAGACACUUCUCCUGACACCUCAACGUUGGUCUCAACUUUACUUGAAGUCUUCCAGCUGUGGGCAAAGCCGCAAGCACUGGAUGUCCCAAAGAAUGCCGUGGCUUUUAAACCGAACUCUUCAAGGUGGCAUCCCCUGGUUGUAGCAAAGAAACCCUUUGGAUGGGCUAACCUUAGGUUGACCUUGAAGGCAGUCCUCUCUGCAGUGAAAAAGCCAUGCUAGCCUGAAGCAAAUUGCAGAGGGGAGUCCAUCUGCUCCUCCUUGGCCUUCCACGAGCAUCAGUUCCUGUUCUCGGCAAGUGUCUCCAGAUAGAGUGGAAGCAUCAAGUUUUUUAGGGGUUCAGCAAAGAGCUUCCAGAGCUUAUGGGGUGGCUUGGCCCCAGAAUAUGAGCAACAAUUCUCUCUAAGCAAAUGGUACAGGUGGUCACACCUGUUUAACCACCUGACCGCUACUGACUUUGGAUUUCUACCUUCUAGGAAACCAGGUUGGGGACUCUCUAUUAACAGCUAUGCAAAAGCUUAGGUAACCCUUUUUUCUCCAGGGGCAAUGCAACUUGAACUGAAUGUGGUCUCUCGUCUAGCAGAAAAUAACUGGCAAUGCCUGACCCUGCUCCCUGCACCCUUUAAGGACCUUUGCAAUUCCUCAAUAAUCUCUUCCCAGGUAGAGGGCAUGGCUCUUUGGCCCAUAUAUUGUAAGCACAAUGGUGCCUCCUACACAGUAGAUGUGAUUUCCAAGGCAGGGGCAACACUUAUAUGCAACAAACUUGAAUUUACAACCUGAAACAGCCAAUCCUUAUGGACCAGGGGCCUGGGGGGGGGGGGGCAGGGGGGAGGGGUCCAUGGUACUUUCAGCUUGUUGGAGAGACUGAGUUCCAUUGGGCUGAUUGUAGAAAAAUUGCCAACAAUCUGAGCAGGGAACCAGGCUUAACUAGGGGGAGGGGGAAGCCAAGCUUAGCUUUGACUCAGCUGAGCUGGGGUGCCUGCCUUAUUCCCAGUGGCACUGGAGUCUGGUUCUGUCGUGGGUGCCUUGAUUGAGAAAUUUUAGAGUGCUUUAUUGCCUGGCUUUUAGAUCCUUUCUCUCCUCAGACCGAUUACAUGAUUUCCCCUUCCUUUGUCCGCAGAUGAGGGCUUGGUGGAUCUUGUCCUUUGUUUUUCUGGAGACCCCUCCCCUCCUGCUACCCUUUUUUUUUUUGUGGAAAACUUUUUUCAUAGCCCCAUUGAUCCUGCCCCAGUGCUGCCUCCUGACAGCUGGCUUUCAUCCUAAACCGUUCCUCUUCCGCAGUUUCAUGUCCUCCGUUGGCGCAGGCUUUGCUGCAGGCUACACCCGUGCGCUUUCCCAGGAAAGGCUUGUGGGGUUCACACAUCAGACUGACAUCUGAGGUUUUCGGUUUUUUAAGUGAACAUCCAGCAGUAAUGUGUGAAGGACAUAGACUGUGUUGGGAACCCUUACGUCACACUUACCAGCGAGCCAGCCCCUUGCUGAGCAGGUGUCCCAUCUGUCUUCCCCCGUGUCCCAUCUGUCAUGGUUCUUUGAGUUCCCAGUUUGGAGUUCAGCAGUGGUUCUCUGAACUGGAUUCUGAUUUCUGCCGCUGAGCACCACAAAAGGAAUGUGGUGCCUCUACUGGAGGUGUUGCAGCUAUGCCCCACAGCGGCUCUGGGUCAUAGCUGCAACACCUCCCAGAAGCACAGCUACUGAACGGAUCGCAGAACCUGGGGCUGGCAAGGGAUGCUUUGGCAUGAGUCUCCAUCCAUACUUUGGUGCCUCAAUUGCUGCCUCCUGAUGUCCCCCAAUUGGGAUGCACAGCCCCUUCCCCUUCAGUAGCCUCCAGUGACAGGAGUUCCCCACCUUGCCCACUUUUGAUUUCCUUGAUGUGCUUUUUUGUUAGACAAACCUACAAGCUCAAAAGACUUUUUCUACUCCUCUUCCCCACAGACCCUAUAUUUGCCAGAUUCAGAGCUGCCUGACUCCCGUUUUCUUUUUAUUGCCCUCUGAUUGGAUAUCUGUUCUUUUUUAAACAAGCGAGUCCUUCCCCCCAAUUGUAUCCUCUCCAUCAUCCCAGAGGCGGAGCUAUCAGGGGGCCGGUGUGUGUGCGUUGCACCGGGCGCACGCCAGGGGGCAUGGAACACCCCCCCCCCCAUACUUACCUUUGUCAAACAGUGCAGGCUGGAGAAAU